AAACUUCCAAGAUCGUUUAAUAAACCUAUAUAAGUUUGAACUAAUAUUUCAAUACCUAUUUUAAUAUUAUCUAUACUUUAGUGAUAACUGAUAAGAUAGGUCGGCUGUAUUUUAACUCUUGAACAGUUUUCUCACCCACCGCCCAUGUAUACCCCGAGAUGGGCGAACUACUUAGUAUUACUUCCGUCUAAGUUGCAUCGUUUAUUGUGCAAUAAUAUAAGAAGACAAUUAUUCAAAAUACAAAUAUAAUAUAGGUGCCUACAUACGUCGUGGUGGCUUGAGCUUAAUCUAUUUACAUUACAUGAUAAAAAUGAAUUUGCAACAAUAAGCAUAUUGUGAGCUUUAUAUUAUAAUCUGCCUCUCCGAGAGUUGCCUCGCAUACGCUCUUUAUCCUCCUUGAUGCACAUGCAAGAUGUCCUCCACCAAUUUAUAGAACAUUCUGUAUGAUUCUUCAGCCGCGCUUGCAGUAGCCCUUUCGAUCAUGUCAGUGGGAAGGUUAGGUAAUAGGUUGGGUCCAUAACACGGGUCCACAGAGUAAAUCUGACACAUUGACUGCAGUCAAAUGACGCCCAGAGCGUGCGUUUACGUCAGCCCUCAUUGCACGUCCCUUCUCGAGCAUUGGAACAAAGUGUGUUCACCAAGCUAUAUAGCUAUAUAGGCUAUUUAGGUACCUAAUGUGUUUUAUUAUUCUGGCCAAUAUAUAUUAUAUUAUUAUAUAAGCAGUGAGGUCGGGUGCGAUUUUUGAUGUGCUGCUUGCGUAAUGCGCUACGUCCGGGAAGGGAGGAAUUUAUGAGUAGAUCGUUUUGUACGCCGGGGGGAAGGGGGUCGGACCGUUUACGAUGAAACUUGCAUGAGCUUUGCGCCUCUCACGCAACGGCUCCUUGCAGGGUUGUGCGAGUGUAUACCGCGCGCGUAUAUUAACUUGGUAAUUAGCUCUCGGCGGGGGAGGACGGCGGUGGCGGCGGCUACUCGAUGAAUAAUAAUUUCUGAAUACAUACAUACAUAUUGGACGGGCGGCGCCGGCGAUGGGAUGGGAGAAAGAGAGGAAACGGAAUAAUAAUACGCCGAAAAAAAAGAAGAAAUUUAUAAAUAUAUUAUAUAGUAGACCUCCGCCGCGGCCGAGUUGCGGGUAAAUAACCGCCGCAGUCUGUGCCGAAGAACGCGGGAGCCAACACGCGCGCGACUUUCGAAAUGAUACACACGACGAAUCGGCCGUUGCGCAGCGUUUGCGAGCCGCAAAGGUCUGUCGGACGAGUGCGUGUCGCGGCAAAAAUAUCAUGCAAGUCGCCGGUGGAUAUACAUAUAGAUGGGUAUCGUGCUACGGAGGCGGCGGCGGUGGCGGCGGGGAAGAUCGUGAAAUAUUAUAAGUUCCGUGUGCGCAAGCGCUCCUAACCCGAACGAUGAUGACUUGUCAGCGGUACCUACAUACCUACCUGUUAUACCUGGUGAUGGGUACAUAUGGCGUGGCGUGAGGGACAUAUACUUUACGCCUAUCAUCGUCGCGUUAAUUGACAUAUUACAAAGAGAGGAACUGAAACAGAACUUCAAAGAAACUGUCUAUAACUAGAACUUCGAGAAGACCCUGAAGUUGAAACAUCGCCCAAAUUCGUAUUAAAACUUAAAUAAAAAAUGAAACCUGAAUACGGACAAUUCGAGGAAUAUCACGUGGACCACUGAGUAUACCGACCGCGCACAACACCCUCCGUAUUUCCACGUCAAGACUGUGUUCGCAGGUAUAUGAACUAAGCACAGUUCUCUAAUGCUGAUUACUACACUGAUGCACAAUUAUAUUAUUUACGUUUCAAAAGAUUAUGUCAGACUUUGAGGAUAUUGAAAUUGAUUUGGCUGUACUGCGGUUGUCAGCUGUGACAGUGGAUUUUACCCUGAUGGCAAGUUUUCAAACUAUUGGGUGCCGAGCGUUAAGAAAAAAGAACAAAGAAAAAUCAAAAACAAACAGUGAGAAUAAAAUGUGAAUCAUCCAGAACUCACUAUAAAUGUUAAUUGCUACGCUGUUAAAAAGUAUGUAUCGUGUAUUAUAUUGGUAGGUAUUUCUCUAUGCGUUACAUUAUUUAUAUACUGAAAAUAUAUUGAGAUUACAUUACAUUACUAAUAAUUGUUUUUAUUAAUACGCGUAGCUUAUAAUAUUAUAGUUUUCGCGUUUGUUAAUAAUUUGUAUUCUUUUGAAUAAAAUAUGCGUUAGGAAAAUCAAUGAGUUGUGGUCGAUUACAAAACUUAGACACUGGGUCAUAACAAUAUCGUGACGUUGGAUGUAAGUAAAGUGCAUAAAAAGUAAUGUAUAAACAUUUAUAAACCAUUUCAGCUGUAAAUAUUGCGAUUUAGACGAACAAUAAUCGCUUUUUAUCAUUACUUAUAUAUUUAUAUCAUACAUUCAUACACGAUAAUAUAUUUGUAAUCGUUUCGUUUUCAAAACGUGCGUAAACAAAAUGACAAAGAAUAUCACCUAACAUUCACAUUUGGCAGCAUAUUGCACUGCAACAAGGAACUACCAUAUCGGGCUUAUAAUACCUGUGGGUAUCUUAAUCUAACCUGUGGUUAUCUGACCUACCCACAAAAAUUUAAAGCAAAUUUGGUUUCGCUAAAAAUGGUAUUCAAUCGUUAUAGACUUAUAAUUUAUAAAUUAUAAUACCAUGUAUAUUCGUUCAAAGUUCGAGUAAAAAUUCUAAACAUAUAAAAUUAUGAUCAUGAUACCAAAAAUACUUUAUUUACAAAAAUGUUACUAUUAACAUCGGGUUUUAAAAUACAUGUAAAAAAAAACAUUUUCAAAUCCUUGAAAAAAGACAACCCUGCUGCAGUAUGCACGAGAAUCGCCCGUCGGCAGUCGAUAAAUAAUAUAUAAAACAAAAAAUAUAAUAAUAAUGCUACUGAGCCUGAAAACGGGAGGGAUUGAAAUAGAAUAUUAUAUUCAAUAUUAUUAUAAUAAUAUAAUAUGUGAAGACGAAGACGACGAUGACGAACAAAGGCGAACAACAGCGCAGAGUUGCCGCGCGAGGUCUUUUUGCUGGGUGACUAGUGAUAUGGGAAUCUGGAGAGCCGAACAGGUGCGCCGGCAAACGAUGUUUGUGCAUUCGGUUGACUGCAAAGGCUAAUACAUCCCUUCGGGAAAAUUGUACUUAGUUUAUUCAACUAUGAACCCAAAAGAUAAUAAAGCGAAAGAGUGGAGGGGCGGCGCACGUAUAGGGGGUGGUCGUAUCUGCGCCGCCAGUCAAAAGCAAAACAAUAUUACCUAAUAUUAUAUUAUUAUUAUUAUCAUUAUUAAUAUUAUACAGAGACUCGCGGUGGAGGUAUAUUAGUCGUGACUCGUGAAUCAUGAUAUUAUUAUAAUGCAAAUAGGUGCAACGCGCGUGCACAGUUAUAAAAAUAAAUCGUUAAAAACAACGAAUUGAAAAUUCGGAAUAACAGUAUAUAAAUAUAUUAUAUGGGUACACAUAAUAUAUUAUUAUUAUACACAGGUUCAUAAAUAUUAUUAAACAAGCCCGAACCGAAUAUCGUUUGAGUGACCACGCUCGUGUGCCUGCGAUAACAGACUGUACGCGAAACUAUAUACGAGGGGUAUUCUGCAGGUUUUUCCGUACUGACUUUGAGAAUGAUCACAUGUCAGCUGACCGGAAUCGAAAAAUUUUUUUAUGUCUUAAAAAUUCAUGGUUUUUAAGUGUACUAACGUGGUGGUCUCUCGAUCGUUCAAUUUUAAUCUUACCCACAAAAAUUUCUAUUUUGAUGUGUCUGAAUAAUCACGCACUAAACAUAAGGUACUAUAGAGAAACGAUAAAUAAUAAAUCCUUAAACUGUUGUUUUAAUCAAAUACGAAUUCCUACCCCAGAUUUAUUUGUUCUGAAAUUCUCAAAAAACGAGUGAAAUAUUUUUGGUGGGACGACGAUUCUCGUGUUAGUGGUGUAUUAUUGGUAUCAGUGGUGUAUAGACAUGAUUACUGAAAGGGGGGGGGACAAAAAGAAAAACGACAUUGCUAAAUGGAAGGGGAAUAUUGGAAAAUCCCCCACCCUCUCAAAACUUUUUACUAAGGUAAUAAAAGCCAAUGGGGGGAUCUGAUUGGUAUUGCAAAAAAGUUAUAAUACUGAACGAUAUAGGUAACACCAGUACCUUUAUUAUGCGUUUACAUUUCCAAAACGUAAAAUGGGUUUUCAAUUCCAUUCAAUAACGCAUCUGACAUGAGGUGAUCAUUCUCAAAUUUUGCACAGGAAAACACGAAAAACUCCGAAUAUAAAUCAGUCCCAACAUCCUUGAUACAUUUCACAAUAGGUACUUAUAUUUUAGAAUAAGGUCUGUAGUGGUUUUCACACAUUUUCGGUAUUUUGGGGAUUUGAAAUAUAAUUAAGAAAAUUUUAAAUUAGUAGUACCUAUAGGUAUACCAUCUACGUUUCUAAAACUCAGUGAUUGUGGUUUGUGGUUUUUUAGGUUUCGGCUUAAAUUUUGGUUUCCUAGAAAAACCAAAAACUUUGGUUCCAUUCCAAUAUAUUUUAUACGUAGUUAAUAAAAAAGUAACAAAUCAAUACGAUCAAAGCAUUUAUUGACAUGGAAAAAUAUCUGUAUUAAAUAAGUUAUCUUAAAAUAUAGGAUCCUGCGGAUUCGGUUUCUAAAACAUUUAUACAAAGAAUUUAUAGAAUAAAAAUCCAAUAUUUUUAAAGCUGGGUUCUGGUUCAUUUUGAUUGCCAUCCAAUAAUUACGAUAUGAAUAUUAAAAAUAAAAAUUCAGUCACAUGCACCUAACAUUUACCUGACUUUGAAAUAACUAUUGGUUAACAAUUUGUAACUAAAAACAAAAAUAUUUUUACCAAAAAAAAAAAAAUUAUAACUUUUACGGCCAUUUUCAUCACGCAAUAUCUACCGAAAAAAAGCCAAACUACCAUAUUUAUGCUAUGGUCACAUUUUGGAUUUGUUUCAACUGUCCAUUUGUGUGCACCUCGAGAAAAAACAAAUAACCGUCGCACACCAACACAACGGAAUGCCUGGAAAUUGGAAAUAUUGUACGAAAUCAAUUUAAUAAAUUUAAAAAACCAUAAGAGCAGCUCCAUCUUCUGACAAAAACAAACAGAAAGCUGGCACGAACAUUUCUACCGCCACGGCCAUCACCUAUUACCAUGAUAUCACGCCGUAACCGCGUGUGGUACAUUGAAAUGAAAGUUCCCGAGGUGGAUUUAUGACUAAUGCAUAUAAAUGGAAAAAAUCGAUUGGUCUGAUAACAUACUACUAUACUAGGUCUAGGGCGCAUACUGCGGACUACUAAAAUGGAUGAAAAUAAUAUGUCUGACGAAGACGAGAGUUUGACAUAUGAACAACUAAGAGCAAAACGUAUCAAAAUAAAUGAAGAAAUGUUUGAUAUACUGGGUGUAAGUCAAGCUGCAAAGACAUUAGCAGAUUGCUUAAAAAAAAAGCCACUUGUUAAAAAAAAUGAACCUAAACCGGCAGCCAUAGAACCUGUUAAACGUUCAUUGAGAAUAGCUCAUUUGCCAAACCCUCAAGGUUCUUAUUACUCAGAUAGAUUGAGUAUAUCAAGACGAAAAAAAGACUCAUAUUUUGUUGAAAAAUUGAAUGACGACGUAGCCAUUAAAGAACCGGUUAAUGAUUUUCAUACGUUACCAAGUAAAAAAUUUGUUCAUGUGCUAAGAAGUCUUGAUAUGAAUAUACCAUCAAUAAAAAUGUCGGAGUUUGGUAUCCAAUCACUUGCUAUUCAUCCUUCAGAAACAUCUCUUAUAAUUGCAGCAGGGGACAGGAAAGGAAACAUAACAUUGUAUGACAGAAAUUCAGUAAUGCAAAUGUCUAUGGUUCAUAAAGCUCAAGUUAAUUGUAUUUCAUUUUGCACUUGGGAUCUGAACAAGUUGUUUUCAACUAGUCAUGAUGGGUCUGUCGGAUAUGGUGAUACUGUUAAACACACUUUUGAAAUAAUUUAUAAAUCAGAACGGAAGUGUAUAAGUAGAUCAAAUAUUAAUCACACCACAUGGCACAGUGACUAUGAAAGAAAUCUUCUCAUUGGAAAUGGUUCUGGUCAUGUAGAUAUGAUUGACACACGAUUACCAGAUAAAAUUAUCAACUCUGCCUGGUGCCAUCAAAGAUCUGUGUGUACAGUUCAGUGUCACCCAUUGUUAAAACAUUACUUUUUAACUUCAUCUGAAAUUGGAGAGGUUUCUUUAUGGGACAUAAGAAGUAUGACGGACAAACAUAUAAAUCCAGUUCUACGAUUUAAACAUCCUAAAGAAUUGACAAGUUCAUUUUUUUCUGCCGAUGGAACCAAGAUGGUGUCAACAUGUAUUGACAACAAUAUAAGGCUAUUUAAUACCGAAAAAUUUAAUUUGGAUGCUACAAAACCCACGUGCAUAAUUCCAUAUUUUAGACAGUAUUAUGAACAUAGUUUACAAGCCAAAUGGAAUCCUGGAAGAAAUGAUGCAUUCUUCAUUACAUCAAUGCUAUGGCCUGCAAGAAUGCAAGUUUAUGAUUGUGAAGGAAAUGUAUUGCAUGAUCUAAUCUCUAAAAAUAUGAAGAGUCGUUGCAACGUCUUGGAAGUUCAUCCCACCCAAGCUAUUUAUGUCGGAGGAAAUACAUAUGGUCGUUUACAUAUAUUUAGCACCAAGAACCAACUAAUAUAGAGCUCUCCUUUAUUAAAUUAUUCAUUUACUUAUCUAUAAGUAUUAAUACCUAAUUAGUGGUUAGUAAUUAUUACUAAACAAAAAAGGCUAUACAUUGUUAUUUUACUUAUUAUUAUAUCUUCUCACUUAU